GUCGCGCUGCCCCCGGCCUUGGCGAACCUCGCGGGGCAGCUGGAGGGCAGCAGAUACAGGAGAGCGACCUCUUCCUAGGCAGUGAAGCCUUCACGAAGAAUGAGUCUGAAAAUCUUGGCAUCAUCUACAAGUGGUUGGACGACAUCAUGCCGUCUAAAAUUGAGAAGGAGGCUUGGGAGGUAUGGUGGUCUCAGGCCUGGGAUUUGCCCGCACAGAGGAAGGUGGCCUAUGCGCAGCUGAAGGACUUGGCGGAGGUGAGCACCCUCGCCUUGCCCUCCUUGGCCUUCGGCGUCGGCCAGGCCUUGUACUCCUACUUCUGGUUCGAGGACAACGGAGGUAAGAUCGACCUGGAGGCCGCGGAUUUGUCCGUGCGCCUCCACGACCUGAGCCUGCAACACAGCGGCUGCAGCGACCUGUCCAUGGGCGUUGGGACGUUCCUCAGCAAGGUUUGCCACGAGCGGUGGCUUUUCCUGAUCAUGCUCAGCGCAGAGGUGGGAACCGCCUUUGCAGGGCGACGAAAGGACUUGGUGCAUGCUGCCUCAAUGCUGCAGCGUGCAAACCAGCUGUUCUCCGACCUCAAAGAGUACCCGUUCUUCAGCUUUCGCAGGUGGCAGUCGCUCUACGACAUCAACACGAACUCCCACGUAUUCCCCGAGGGCUUCCGCCAGCGGCCGGUAUGGCCCACAGCUGCGGUGCCCAUCGCGGUUUGGUUGGAGGAGAACUACGAGGUCUUCCGGCAAGAUCUCGACUUGAUCCUCAACCAGAGCAGCUUCGACACGCUCUACUUUAUGGGUCACGUCUCCAUGACGCAGUUUUCGGGCCGCCGGGAAUCCUGGGCGCCACUGAACCUGAUCCACAACCGGGAGUUGGCGCCUCAUGCGUGCGAGGUGGCGCAGAGGAGCUGCAAGCUACUGGCGGAAAGGCCUGAAAUCGCCCGCUGCCAUGCGAGGGACGUGGGUGCAGCCUUUGCCCGGCUUCAGCCCGGCAUGGGGAUCAAGCCGCAUCUCUGGAACGCACCCCCGAGGCUGGCGGUCCACCUGGGCCUCAUCACUCCUCCAGGUGCCACCAUGGCCGUGGGCUCGGAGGAGCUGCGCUGGGAGGAGGGCAAGGCCAUCCCAAAAGCAGACACAUAUAUCCACAGCGUGAAGCAUGAAGGCACUGAAGACAGAUAUCUGCUGAUUGCUUGGUUCUGCCAUCCGUGCGAUACGAUGCAUGCGGAAGAACGGCCUAUUCUGAGUUCCGCGGUGGAGACGCGAACUUCUCGAGCAGGGAAGGGCGGGAAGGUGCCCGAGAAGGCGGUCCCUUGGUAUCCCGAAGUGCCGCCAAACGAAGGCCUUCCCUGCGAAACGGAGAGAGAAACUGGCGAGAUGUGGGGCUUUGCACUGCUCUUCGUGCUGGAAGCACCGUCUGGAUCCCAUCAUGCUGCAUGCUAUCAGUAUCUCACCUUGGAUCGAGCCCCGGUAAAGACACAGGAGCUAGGCCCAAGACUCGCAAGUUCGAGCCUUGAACCCCCGAUCAGUGUUUCCUUCAACCAUUAG